GCCCGGGUCAACAAUGAAAACCUGCAUAUCUUGCAUGCAGCAUAUACGUGUUGCAUGCAAGAUAUGCAAACUUUGUGGAGCCCAACAGCAAAUGAAAAAGGCUGUUGAAAAAGCUAAAGGUAAAGCCGACAGGGAAUGGGGAGCCAAGCUUAAAAAAGGUGGAAAUUUGAACAAAUUGAUGAAUGCUUCCCGGGUUCUGGUAAGCUCUUCACUACCUAUAGCCUGCCGACUCUUCACACUAGUUACAUAUCCCGGUCGAAUGGAUGUAUGAUAGUAAUAAUUAUCACAAUUAUUAUAAUUAAUUUUAUUUGUAUAGAACAUUUGUAACAUUCAUGCUCAAAUCGGACAAUCGUAUAAUACAACAUAUAAAAUUGAUAGUCAUUGUUUUUUCUACCCUCCCAAGGUCAUAGCCCCAAUUCUUACAAAAUUUACUGCACAGAAAACUGUAAAAAAACUCUAUUAAAAUCUUUUUAAAGCUACAAGGUGGACAGGUUAUAGGCCAUACUGUUUGACCAGAUCAGGGCCAUGGUCAAUUCGAACAACAAGGAUAUGGAGGAACUGACAAUAUAAUGUUUUUUGUUUUUAAUAGUUAAUCCAUUUUUAUUAUGUUCCCGAUUUGUUUUCAGGUUCACAAAUUGAAAAUGGCGGGGUUGCAUCCAAUGCUUCUCUUUGGGAGGGAGAAGAAGGGCUCUGUGUCCUGUGACUCAAUCAGUGGCCUGGAGCUAGUUUCAGACACAGAUUACAAGUCCUUGAAAAUCAUAGAAGGACUGUAUGGAAGCCUUGUGACAGUGAUUGUUAAAAGAGAGAGGGCCAACCCAUUAACUCCAGUGGACCCAGAGGGACCGAGGGAACUGGCUGAAUCCCCUCUUCAUCCAGAAGCAACGGGGGAGGACAGAGAGGAAGGGGAGGAAGGGGAGGAGGAAGAGACAUUCGACCUCUUGUUGACACCUUGUGACCCUGCACCUACAGCUCCUGCCACAGCCCCAUCCACCUCGCAUUCACAUCCUCGACCAAGUUCCCCACCCUCAUCUUCCCCGCUCUCCAACUCAAAAGAGAGCUGUCCACCAAAACAUCCCGGUAAGACCCUGCAAAUCAACCAUUUACGUAAAGUAUGUUUUCCCAAUAAGUUUCAUUUAAUAUUUGGACUUUCACCACAGUUCAAACAAGGUUCAUACUAUCAUGUCUUCCCCGCAGUGGAGUCUUGUUGAAAUCGAUGUUUGAAGAGAGGAGACGUGGACCCAGU